AUGUCUUCCCUCUCUCGCCGCGCCUGCUACAAGUGUGGCAAUGUUGGCCACUACGCCGAGGUCUGCUCCUCUGCUGAGCGCCUUUGCUACAACUGUAUGACUCCCACCUGCCAACUAUUAUUGCGCCACUCCCACUGA